AAUAACAACAUUCGAAAAAUUGAUAUCCUCGCGCUGAAGGAAUUGUAUUUUUGAGCGAGAGCUCACGCAAAUGGGCUCCACUGUCGACUCGGACGAGGCCGAGGGGUUGUUUUCGAAGCGAUCUAGUUCCAAUAUUCUGUCAGAUCCCCGAAUUUUACAGCAUUUACGAAUCGUUGCCCGAGAAGCACACCAGGAAAGUCUCGCCGGAGUGCCGGAAAACGAAGAGACCGAUUUGGAAAACCAGCAACGCGAUUUAUACGAUAAAAUAACAGCUUACAAUAAGAGAAAUCAGCUUGGUGCUUUUAAAAUCUUGGCUAGGGAGAAUUUGAAUUACGAAGGGGCAUUGAGAUUUUACUUUUUGGAUGGAGGAAAAGAGCUCACGAAAGCAGUUAAGCUGAAUAGUCGAACGACGGUCAAAGAACUUUUGCCUUCUCUUGUGGAGAAGUUUAGGCCAGGAUUAGAAGCGGAACUCGUCGGAUUCUCAAAGCUGUAUGCAGUUCAAGAACAAGAUGAAAUCUGUUUGGAUCAAACCGAGUGGCCUUUGGUUAUUGCUCUCAAUGCAACUAAACCAAUACGCUUCAUUCUGCGUAUCAAUAAAGACGAGAAGCUGGCCACAGAUGUCCCGAAUGAGGCAAACCCCGCGACAAACGGUAAACUAAACGCGGAUGUUUUGUUGCGACCGGACGGAGGAAGGAUUGAAAAGCGCGAUCGACCGCUUAGCGGCGGAGUUUACGAUUUCAUGUACGCUGGCCGCGAUAAAAGCAUUAAAAUGACCGCUGGAGCUGUCUACGACAAGAAGGCUCAAAACUCUCCUAAGCCUAAAAAGAACCAAGCUCACAGGACGAAGGGACGUUCUCUGGGAGCAGUCUUGAAACUUCCUAAAAAAAAUCGCACUCUCGAGCGAGGCUCUGAGCUCUCAACGAAUCACAUGGUCCCUGGAGUGCUUAAAGUUUUCGGCUCAGGGAUUUCACAGGAUUCGAACUAUAAGAGCGUAAAGGCCACGACAAAUUCCGAUGCGGAUUCGAUUGUCAGGCAGGCCUUGGGAAAAUAUAAGCUUGAUUCGGCAGAUCCGGAGGAGUUUGUGCUUUGCGAUGUAGUUGGGUAUUUUCGGAAGGUUUCCACUGAGAAAGAAACGCAAAUGCGUUGGGUAACUGAGUACGCCAGGGUGGUUGGUGAAAAGGAGCACCCAUUGGUGCUUCAGUCGCUAUGGCAACCGUCUGGUAAUCGUUCGCGAAGGUUCGAACUUCAUCGGAAGGCUAGUGCCGUAGAUGCUGUAGAUGGCGCCGGGGCUGGCUCGGCAAACAACGGAAUCGCCCGUAAGAAGGCGACAAUCGUGAGUCAACCGCCAGAUAUAGCGUUACUUCGGAAACAGCCAAGCAUUAGUACCACAUCUGAAGGUAGCGAAUCGGGGGCCUUUGAUUCGCCCCAGCGCUCGCGCGUCGAUGACGGCAGCAUUAGCCAUUCGAACCUUACUUUCAAUGUGAGCACUGCAAUUGAAGUCCCUUAUUUGCUGCUAAUUCGGGGAAGCGGGAUCGCUGAGGACUAUCUUCUUCAUCGUCUAGACGAGGAAACAAUGGUGAUAGGUCGGCCAACCAUUGGUAAAAAACACCCCGAUAUUCCGCUAUACAGCGAUGAUCUACAGACACAACACUGUCAGAUCUUUAAAAAAUUCCCUGCAGACAACGAGAGCGUCGCUGAGUCUGAGGAAGGUGUCUUGGAGAAUGUUUUUAUUGAGCCGUUUCCAAAUUGCGAGGUGUUGGUAAACGGAAUGACCAUCACUGAAGCGAUCCUCUUAACUCCAGGCGACCUUUUACAGAUUGGUUCUCACUACGUGUUUCUCUACAAAGAUCCACUUAGGAUCAUAGAUUCGAACCUUAUCCUCGACUGGCUUCCCGGCGCGGCUGGGAACGGCCAUCACGCAAGCGCGCAUGGGAAGGCGCAGGUCAUUCAAAUGCAACAGGUUGCCAGGAAUCCGAAGCGACUGAGCUUGUCCUACGAGUUGGAAGACGAAGACAAAUUAUUGGAAUAUUUGGUAACCAUUUGUGAGCCAGCCCACGAGGAUGAUUUUGAGCUGGUUGCGUCGUAUCUCUUUAUUCUUGCCAUAGAAUUCUCCGCGUUUAAUCAUACUGACGUCGAUACGCGAAGAUUGAUUUUGAAAGUAACGAACUUGAUACAGGGUGUGGCUUGGGAAAAGACAAAAGGGAUCACAGAAACUAAUGUAGAAGGUGAAAUCGACCCUCUGAAGUCCUUGAAUGAAAUUAUUCCUGACCUCAAACAGAUAUUGUUCUGGAUGAGUAAUGCUUUGGAGAUGCUACAUUUCCUCCAAGACAACCUGUCCACGUAUCUACCAGGCACGUUUCACGUGAAUAGCGCGUCUAACGAUCCAGAGGAAGAAGCUCUAGCUAACGCCGACGAGGAACUGUUGAAUGUCUUGGAAGAAGUCGCCAUGUUUACCUUUCAGCAAACCGUGUAUCAUCUUACGAAGGUGCUUUACGUUGCUUUGCCGCUCAUUUUGGACACAAAUCCUUUUCAAAAACUGGAAGAUGACGAAGGCAGGGAUGGAGAUGAACUGGAGGGCGCCGAGAUCGUUGUUCAAAUAUUUCAAACGGUCUACGACCUUAUCACGUCGUUUCACGUCCACCAUCAAAUCGUGCGUCAACUUUUCGCGUAUCUGUUUUUCUUCACGAACGCCUCGCUCUUCAACACGCUCAUGGACCGCGGUGCCGGUGGGAAGUUCUACCGCUGGGCAAAAGGCGCACAGAUUCGUGGCAAUCUGGAUUUGUUGGAAGGAUGGGCUUUAGAUGUUGGGCUCCAAGAAGAAGCCGCCGACUACUUGAGAAAACUUUCGUCUGCCGCUGAUGUUUUAGCCACGCCCAAAGUACAGUUACUGCAGGCCACCUGGCAAAGUCUGCGUCACGAUUUCCCUGUAUUAAACGCCGCUCAACUACACAAAAUCCUCACCGAGUAUCAAGUCGGUGCCGGCAAGUCACGACCUGCCGAGUGGCGUCCAAUACCCGACGAAGUUGACUCCGCGCUCAAGGACGAGGAAAUAUUAGAAAGCUUCUCAACCCACCCACCUUUCUUGUUUCCAACCUCCGACUAUCUACUCGACCUUGAAUCCGAUUCCCCUCACCCGGUUGUAAAAGAAACUCUUGAUAACCUCAAAGCGAGCUUUGGGUCUGGAAAAGAUCCCCAACUGCUAACAUCUACCCCAAGGCAACCACAAGUGCUGAUCCAGGCCCCUGAUUCGGAUGGUACCUCUCGACAUUCAACGCCUUUGUCCUCAGCCAAGUCCAGUCCACCGACCUCGUUGACCGCGAGCCCGAAGAAGCUCGUGAAUACGUUCAGCUCAAGCGAUCCGACUUUAAACAACGUUGAUCCUAACCGCCUGAGCAACCGUUUAAAAAAUCACGUAAAUGGUAUAUCAAAGAGUGCUUCCUGGGGCGACAUAGCGCAUCCCAGCAGGACUUCUAAAAAAGCUCGGAGAUCCCGCGACGCGGGCCAGAAACCGGAAUUUGAGGUACAAUCCAACCAAUCCGAGGGCGCUUUAGAUGAAGAAUAUUAUCGCCGAGGAAGCGAUGCGCAAGAUGACGUGUUCGUUGUCGAGCUAAACAAAGGUGAUACGGGAAUAGGAGUUGGCCUCAUCGAUGGCUUGUACACGCCAUUGAAGUCCAACGGAAUCUAUGUCCGGACAUUGGUUGCAACAGGACCCGCAGCAAAGGAUGGCCGUUUGAAACUGGGCGACCGAAUUCUCGCAGUAAAUGGCACCAGUUUAGUGGGGGCAGAUUACCAGAGUGCCAUGAAGUUAAUUCGAAAUGCUGGUAAUCACUUGACAUUUCUUGUCGCGAAAUCAGAUCAGAGUGUCGCCAUGAAGAUCACUGCCUCAACGUGUUAGCCGGAGGUCUGAAGUAAAACUGCUAAUGCAGAUUCAAUAUGCCCGAGGAUUUGAAGCGCGGAAGCCAUGCAGCUAUCAACCAUAGCAUUUUCUACCUAAACCUUCGAAGAUUAGAACUUACGAACAUCGGCACUUAUCGAAAUAGCAAUAUUUUAACCGAUCUCUCUCUCUCUCGUGAUUUGGGUUUGGUAAACGCCUAGCGAUGAUCUUAAUAUUUUUUUUUCAAUUCAGCUAAUCAUCUAAAAUCAUUUUGCCAACAAAUCUCAAAUCUUACUCGUGCAUGGGGGAUCGAAAUUUUAUAGUUUUAUACACAGAUUAUGUUGAAUAUAAAUUAUAUAUAGUUAAAAUUUGGCUUAUACUUAACAGACGCAAUUAUAACAUCUGGAAUGAAUAUUUAUUAUGGAUCUUACCUAUAGCUAUAAAACGCUCGCAAACAUUAUUUAACUCUCUUAAGUGAGUCUAGAAAGCUACGCUUUAUACUCUAGUGACCACUAAGCAAUAAGUCGUAAUGAUUAAAUUAAAAUAGUUUUGUAUACAAUAUUUUAACGAAACCUAUUUUUGUAUUUAAGUCUAUCAGCAAAUGUACAAUGACUCUA